AUGCAGACUCUGACUGUACAUCUCUUCUCAUCCUUUGAGCUCUGGACUGAUGGUGGUCGCUUCUUUAGAGGUGGGGAAACUGAGGCUGUGGUGUGGAAGGACGGCCAUGCAGGUUGCAAGCGGCUGGGACGGUGCGGGGCUGGGGCUCAGGCCGUGCGUCUGCGACAGAGGCCGAGGUCCUGGCCGGGACAUGCUGCCCGGGUAUCGGCUGCCCCGCUCCCGUACCCUCCUGCCCUCCCCGGGCUGGGCCACCUGACCGGCCCCGGACAGAGACGCACGCUGGAGCACGUUGCCCUGCGCGAGGAAGUGCACGCGACCGGCGUGAUUUUCUGGGCCCUUCUCCCCUGUUCCGCCGACCUUGACGUCCCGUUGGCAGAGGGUGGCCCUCCCCCGGGCGGCGGUGCCCCCUGGCACCUUCGAAACGUCCUCAGCGACUCAGUGGAGAGCUCGGACGAUGAAUUCUUUGAUGCCAGAGAGGACAUGGCCGAAGGGAAGAAUUCCAUCCUCAUCGGGAUGAGCCAGUGGAGUUCUAACGACCUGGCGGAGCAGAUGGGGACCUUGGGGAGACUGGAGGGGCACCAGGGAGAUGGGAGCGCCCCGUGCACGUCCAGCGCCCUCCAGGAGAAGCAGCGAGAACUGUAUCGGGUUUCCUUGAGAAGACAGAGGUUCCCCGCCCAGGGCAGCAUCGAGAUCCACGAAGACAAUGAGGAAGGCUGCCCGCGGCGCUCCUGCAAGACGCACGUGCUCCUGCUGGUGCUCCACGGGGGCAACGUCCUGGACACGGGUGCGGGGGACCCGGCCUGCAAGGCGGCCGACAUCCACACCUUCGGCUCCGUGCUGGAGAAGGUCACGCGUGCCCACUUCCCGGCGGCCCUGGGCCACAUCCUCAUCAAGUUCGUGCCCUGUCCUGCCGUCUGCUCCGAGGCCUUCUCGCUCGUCUCUAACCUGAACCCCUACAGCCACGAUGAGGGCUGUCUCGGCAACAGCCAGGACCACGUCCCCCUGGCCGCCCUGCCCCUGCUGGCCAUCUCCUCUCCGCGGUACCAGGACGCGGUGGCCACCGUCAUCGAGCGGGCCAACCAGGUCUACACAGAGUUUCUCAAGUCCCCUGACGGAAUCGGCUUCAGUGGGCAGGUGUGUCUCAUCGGGGACUGUGUGGGGGGCCUCCUGGCCUUCGAUGCCAUCUGCUACAGCACGGGGCCCUCGGGUGACAGUCCGGGCGGCAGCAGCCGGAAGGGCAGCAUCAGCAGCACCCAGGACGCCCCCGUCGUGGCGGACGAGGCGUGCGGUCUGGCCGGCAGCAAGCGUCUCAGCAAGAGCAGCAUUGACGUCUCCGGCGUGCCGGACGAGGACGCCUCGGAGCCCCAGAGGCCGUUGCCUCGGAAACAGAGCGACUCCUCCACCUACGACUGUGAGGCCAUCGGCCAGCAUCAUGCCUUCCUGUCCAGCAUCCACUCGAACGUGCUGAAGGACGAGGCCGAGCCCCCCGCGGCCGGGGGGCUCCCGCCGCCCGAGGUCAGCCUGGGUCGCUUGGACUUCGACGUGUCCGACUUCUUCCUCUUUGGCUCGCCCCUGGGCCUGGUCCUGGCCAUGCGGAGGACGGUGCUGCCGGGACUGGACGGCUUCCAGAUGCGUCCCGCCUGCAGCCAGGUCUACAGUUUCUUCCACUGCGCGGACCCCUCUGCCUCGCGGCUGGAGCCCCUGCUGGAGCCCAAGUUCCACCUGGUGCCGCCCGUCAGCGUGCCCCGCUACCAGAGGUUCCCGCUGGGCGACGGGCAGUCCCUCCUGCUGGCUGACGCUCUGCACGCCCACAGCGGCCUCUUCCUGGAGGGCGGCUCACGGGACAGCCCACCGCCCCCGGACGCCCCCGCCCCGCCUCCUCAGGCCCCGGGGGCCCAGUGCCCUGCACGGAGGAUGAGCCGGGACAGCUCACACAGCGACAGCUCAGACUCCUCAGACAGCCUGGCCCCCGCGGGCGUCUCCCACAUCACGGCCAAGUGGUGGGGCGCCAAGCGUAUCGACUACGCCCUGUACUGCCCCGACGUCCUCACGGCCUUUCCCACCGUGGCCCUGCCCCACCUCUUCCACGCCAGCUACUGGGAGUCCACGGACGUGGUAGCCUUCAUCCUGAGACAGGUGAUGCGCUACGAGAACGUGACCGUCAAGGAGAACGCGGGCCUGGAUCCUGCGGCACUGAGCCCCGCCAACCCCCGUGAGAAGUGGCUUCGCAAGAGGACCCAGGUCAAGCUGCGGAACGUCACCGCGAACCACCGGGCCAACGACGUGAUCGCCGCGGAAGACGGCCCGCAGGUCCUGGUGGGGCGCUUCAUGUACGGGCCCCUGGACAUGGUGGCUCUGACCGGAGAGAAGGUGGACAUCCUGGUGAUGGCGGAGCCGUCCUCGGGCCGCUGGGUGCACCUGGACACCGAGAUCACCAACAGCAGUGGCCGCAUCACCUACAGCGUCCCGCGGCCCCGGCGCCUGGGGGUGGGCGUCUACCCCGUGAAGAUGGUCGUCAGGGGCGACCAGACCUUUGCGAUGAGCUACCUCACAGUGCUGCCCCGGGGCAUGGAGUGCGUGGUGUUCAGCAUCGACGGGUCCUUUGCGGCCAGCGUGUCUAUCAUGGGAAGUGACCCCAAGGUCCGGCCGGGGGCCGUGGACGUCGUCCGCCAGCCAAGACUGGGCUCCCGAGUUCUGACUCCAGGCGGGGUCCAAUCGGCGUGUUCUGGUGGCCUCUGGGAGAAAUGGCUCCGAAUGUACCCGUCCCCUCCGCAGUUCCUGAGCGAGGGCUACGCGGCCCACCUGGCGACGCUGGAGGCCGGCCACCGCUCGCGCCCGAAGAAGAACAACUCGCGGAUGGUGCUGCGCAAGGGCAGCUUCGGCCUGCACGCGCAGCCCGAGUUCCUGCGGAAGCGCAACCACCUGCGCAGGACCAUGUCCGUGCAGCAGCCCCACCCGCCCGCCAACCCCAAGCCCGAGCGGGCCCAGAGCCAGCCCGAGUCCGACAAGGACCAGGAGCGGCCCCUGCCCGCGCUCAGCUGGGCGCGCGGGCCCCCCAAGUUCGAGUCGGUGCCCUGAGAGCCGGGCUGCGCGCAGAGGGCCGGGGCCGGGCGGGGGUGGGGGGUGCUGCUCCCCGAGAUGAGCCGUUUCCUGCUUUUCCCCGCCCCCGUGUGUGUCCAGCGGUGUCCGAGCAGAGCGGGGAGGGACCCUGCCGAGCCCCGGGGAGGGGGCUCCCUGGGCCACGAGGGGGUGAGACCCCAGGGUCUCCGCAGCCGCGGCUGCCUCCCCGCGCGGGACCUGGGACCGCGAGCCCGUCAGGGGCGGUGUCCGUGGAGUCCUGGGGGGCGGGCCUGCCCCGAGCUGGCUGGUCUGACAGAGUCGACCACCUUUCUGGGGCCCACGCAGGCCCUAAAGGGAGAAGCCGCCAGACCGGGGAUCAGCAGCCGCCGGCAGGUGCAGCCUCCCAGCGGCCUGGGGGACGGACAAGUGGCAUCGUGCCGGCCCCCCUGUGACAUCCUGGGUCAGCCUCAUGGGCCUGGCUUUCCUGUGGCAAGGUGGCCACUUUCUGGGAGGGAGGGGACAUCCCCCGGGGCUCCUCCUGUGUCCGCGUUGUCUGUCCACGGCCCUUGCGGGGGUGGGGGGGGGUGGCGGGGUCUGGUGCUGACGGUCUGUCCUUCUGCGGCUGUCCAUUGUCCCCGUCUUGUCCUCGGUAUUCCUGCCGUUCACCCGCGGCCCGAGAGGACGGCCGUUCCUCUUCCCGGGGUCCUGCCUGGGGCCCUCCCUGGGGAGGCUGCGGCCCUGGGCGCUGGCCCGGCUGGGCUGGCUGAGAGCCCUUGAGCCCCUCGUCGCCCUCUCUGGGCCCUGGCUUCCUUACGGAAUUGGAAGGUCCCCCCGGCUGAGACUGGUGCGCGGUUUCUGACUCCUGGGCUGUCUUCUGUCUUGCACUUCUGUGCCCUGGGGUUUCUGGGCCUCAGGGCCCCUCAGACCACCCCGGCUCCACCUUCCACACUGUCUGAGAGAGGGGCUCUGGGGGGGCCCUCACUGUCGCCCCACCGCUCGGGGAGGGAGGGGGAUGGGAAGGGGUCCCGGCUCCGUGAGGCAGUGUGCUUUGCACUGAUGCCCAGACCAAAACCACGUGUCCCGGCAGCAGGGACACCCCCCACCCCGGGGGCCGGGCUCGCCCUCCCCAGCGCUGCUCACGCCGACUCUGUUUUGGCUCCUGGAGGGCACAGAGCUGAGAUCCCAGCGUUCCGGGGGCGCGUGUCAUUUUGGCUCAAACUGUUGUACUCUUUUCCCUUCCGCCUGCCACUCAGCUUGGUUUGGGGCCCACGCCCUCCUCCUGGGCCGUCCCGUGACGUCGGCAGGGCUCUCCUGCAGCCCAGCCCAGGCCCACACCCGCCCCGGCCUGCUUCGGAGCCCCUGAGGCUGGCCCAGCUCCUCCAGGCGGGGCUGUGCCCGAGUCCAGGCACCUGCGUGGGCCCGUGUCGCUUCUGCUCCGUGUCUACCUCUCGCGGCUCCCAUGUGGCCAGCGUCCUCCCCGCAGCGGCUGCUGUGACCUGCCCAGCAGACCUGCUGGGGCUGGAGGGGUCCGGGCUCCCGGCCCCCACCCCGCUCUCUCCAGUGUGCGGCACCCCCCUCCCCCAGCCCUGCGGCUCCCCUGUAGGCAGGGGCAGGUACCCUGGGGGUGUCCUCUCCAGCCCUGCCUCCUGGGUUCCCAGGUGCCCAUCCCUCCUUCCACACUUGGUCGUCGGGGCUCCCCAGAAGGUACGAGGUCAUAGGCACAGCUACUCCCACCCCAGGCCUUCCUGUCCUUCCCGAAAUCUAGCCUGCGUUGAAGUCGGGAGGACUUACUCUGAUUCUCCGAGGCUCCGCCAAUCCCCUUUCCUUCCAGAAGCCCCUGCCGUCAGUCUCCACCGAUAAAUUAGUGGAGUUAUGUCUUCCCGAGUUAGGUUCCCUCUGCCCUGUGAGCCCCAGGCUGGGAGUGAGAGACACAGAGAGAGAACACCAGGACCCUGGGGAGUUUGGAGUCCCAGUGAGCAGGGUACUGUGGCUGGGGAUCUGGGGUUCUGGGGGUGCUGUGGUUUUGGGGGUCCAGGGUUCUGGGAGGUGCCAUGGUUCUGGGGGGGGUGCUGGGGGUCUGGGAUUCUGGGGGUCCCGUGGUUCUGGGGGUGCUGGAGUUCUGGGGAUGCUGGGACUCUGGGGGUGCCGUGGUUCUGGAGGUCUGGGGUUCUGGGGGUGCAGAGUUCUGAGGCUGCUGGGGUUCUGGGGGGGUGCUGUGAUUAUGGGGGUCCGGAGCUGGGAUGUGGGUGCAGGAGGCCACCCCUUCUCCUUUGUGGAACCGGACGACUCACACCUGCGAUUGGGGAGAUGAAAGGCGGCGUCCUGAGCCCGCCUCUCUGGUUAGUGGGCGUGUGCGCAUGCGCGCGAGCGCCCCUCCGCCUUGGCGUUGGUUAACGCGCGCUCCCGGACGAAUGGUUUGUGCGGUUUUGUCCGUGCGCUGAAGUUGGAGGGAGACGAGCAGGCUGCGUUGUUCCCUGGAGGGGGUGCCGCCGCCCCUCCCCGAGUGGGUCCGUGAGCCUGCCUGGCUGUUUCCCAGAGAACCCUUCCGGUCCCCGGUGCGCCCUCUCCCGGGACCUGGAGCAUCCUUCUUCCCGCCUGAUCAGAGCUCUUCGUUUCUCGCGUGGCAUGUUCGUUCUUCCCUGUCUGGUGGCCGUCCCUGUCGGAGGGCCUGGCUGCCGCCCUCCCCCGCGCCCGCCCCGAGGGGGUCUCGGGGGCCUACCUUUCUGGCCUCGUGGGGUUUUCCUGAAGAUGUCGACCUGCCCUUGGGCUCCACAAAACAUGCGUUUAAAAAAGUGGACCGUUUUUAUGCACUUGGACGGACGGCCCUCCUGUCUGGGUGCUGGGCCACAGAAACCGCGUCUGAACCCCGUAUUCCAAAGAGGUUACGGGGGCGUGGGUCCCCGGAAGGAGGGGAGGCUGGAUCUCCCGGCUUUUUGAACUGUUUUUACCACUUUGGAGCCCCUGGUCUGCACCCUGGGAGUGUCCUACAGGCAAAACAGGGCGUGCAUCUUUAAAUGAAAGCCAGAGGCCCGAGCAGGCGGCUCUGGUUUCCUGUGGACACCCUCCCUAAGCAUGGGCACAGCCCCGCCAGGGAGGGGGGGCCCUAGCUGGAAAGGAGCCUCAAGGCUGGACCCCGCCUUAAAUAACCAGCUUCCCCGCCGAAUCCCCCGGGUCUGGGCACCAAGUGCUCUGGAAACCUAUUCUCUGGCUCAGCCAAAACACGCAACCCCUCGCUCCUUCCCCUCCCUCUGGGCUUGGGGGAACCUUAAAAAUCACAGCUGGGGUUAAGUCCACGCAGGGAGGCCCGGCCGGGGCCUGCUCUUCCCGUGGAGAAACCCACCGGGGUGGCCGGUGGGGGGGGGGGGGAAGUAGAGUCACCGAGGAGGGGCAGGACGGCUCGCCCCUGGGGACCUCCACCCUCGAACCCCUGUCCUCUGUUUACUCCGAGGUGGCAGCCCAUCCCGUCUUGUCCGUGGUCCGACUGUUCCUAAAUGUGUGACUCUCAGUAUUGCCAGUGGCAGCCGGUUCUGUGGUGAAAAAGGUUUAUUCCCUUCCUCACGGCUGCCUUGUACAAAAUCCGUUAGAAAAGGAAAUGUAAAAUAUCAGAUUUCUAAAGCGACAAACACAGCACUACGGGGUUAAAAGAUUUUUACUACUGGUCUUGAUUUUGACGUGAGCUGGUUUUUAACUCUUGAACGUUGUCACUGAAAUAAAAACCUGAUUUGCCUUUAAA